AUGAAAGUCUUGUGUCUUCUCACAAUACUGAGUCUGGGAAUCCAUUUGUCCCCGGCAGAAUUUUUGCUGCGGAAAAAAAGGAACUGGAUCAUACAAACCUUCAUGAUCGAUGAGAGUUACACUGGGCCCUUUCCACAUUAUUUGGGUAAAGUUGAAAUUGAUUCCAGUUUAAAUAUUGUAGAAAUCACUGGUCAAGGUAAGGAUGAGGAACCUCGAGAUGUAAUUAGCCUAAAUGAAAAAGACGGACAUGUUUUAAUUCUGGGUCCUGUGGACUAUGAAAAAUAUACAAUUCUGAAGCUGAUAAUUAGGGCACAAAAUAAAGAAAAUCAUACGUUGACAAAGGUGGGCGUUAAUUUUGAAAUCAUUGAUGCAAAUGACAACCCCCCGAUAUUUAACAAAACAGCAUAUGAAAUCACCAUAAAUGAGUCAACACCACAAGGCACUGAAUUGAUCAACGUUACAGCAACAGACAGUGACAGCAAAGAGGAGUAUAAUAAUUUUCUUUUUAGUAUAGACUCAGUUAUUCCUGAAACAGAGGACUUGGAAUUCACCAUAAAUAAGGUGCCUUAUUUUGGUAAUGGAACCAUUUCAUUUAAAGGAUGCGUGGACCACAGGAAAGAAGAUAAAUACACCAUUAUUGUGAAGGCAACAGACCUUGGAAAACCAAAGCCGCUCUUCAGCUUCACCAACGUAACAGUCAACAUAAACCCUGGAAAUAGACAUCGUCCAAUGUUUAUAAACCAAACUGGUCCAGUACGUGUGAAAGAAGGUGAGGAAAAUGUUACUUUUUCCCGUCUACAAGUCAAGGAUGAAGAUACCAAAGGUACAAAAGGUUGGAAUGCAAUAUAUGCAAUCCAUGGAGACAAAAACAACAACUUCAAAAUAAGGACUGAUCCUCAAACAAACGAAGGAUUACUCUAUGUGAAUAAGCCACUCGACUAUGAAGAUGAAUCAUUGAAGAACAUCACAAUUACAGUGGAGAAUGAAAUUCCUUAUUUCACAUGCAAAGUCAUGCAUCGGAACACCUCGGGCCGUUGGACGAUAAAAACAGAUCCCAGCCUUUUCAGUGGAGCGUCUACGAGUGGAAGGAAUAAUGGAGGAGGGACUCAUCAAAUGACAGUCGUCGUAGAAGAUGUCAAUGAGCCUCCAGUCUUUGAUGAGCUAAAACCAAUUUCUCUGCCUAAAAAUGUGGAAGUGGGCCAUCAUUUGGGAACAAUUGUUGCUAGAGACCCAGAUUUCAAGAGUACAAGAAGAAUUAGAUACACAAAAGGUGAAGAUCCAGUCAAUUUGGUUUCAGUGGACCCCGAGACAGGAAAAAUAACCACAGCAAGAAUCUUAGACAGAGAGUCACCCUACGCUAAAGAUGGAAUUUAUGUCAUCACAGUGAAUGCUGUUGAUAGUGGAAGCCCUCCUCAGACCGGCACAGCGACUCUCAGCAUCUACAUCACUCAUGAGAAUGACAAUGCUCCGUCUCUAAUUGUAAACACCUUCAACAUGUGCCAAAGUGACAAAUCAUCAUGGGUCAAUGUCACAGCUGUGGAUCCAGAUGAGGACCCAUUCGGUGGGCCUUUUUCAUUCAAACUUCUUGGAGAUGUUAAGAAAAAGUGGAGGAUUAAUCCUGAGCAAGGGCAUUCAGUCAACCUUAUAAAAGGACAAAACGUUUAUUCUGGACAUCACAAGUUGAAGCUAGAAGUGUCAGAUUUUCAAGGAAAGAAAUCUCUCCAAUACUUGUCAGUCAUUGUGUGCAAGUGCUCUGAUGCAACCAAGCCAGACUGCAGCCUGAGAAAAGCUGUUGGAUUCACAGUAGGAAAGGGAGCUCUGGGAAUAUUAUUCUUCUGCAUUUCAUUAAUAAUAGGUUUGUUAUUUUUAACAUUUUUGGUGUCAUGUGAACCUGAGAAGAUACCAAUGGAUGAUGAUGAGCCUGUGCAACACUUAAUGAAAAGCAACACAGAAGAACCAGGAACUGAUUGUUAUGUAUUGCCCUUCAACUUACUAAACAGAAGGAAUUAUGGACAGCAAAUUCAAGUAUCUGAAGAUGUAAAUUUGUCAAUGACACCGAUAUUACUGGAUUCUGCCGUUAAUGUCCAAGCCUGCCCGAAUGUGAUCAAGUUCAAUCAAGACAGAUGCUGUUGGGCGAAAUCUUCUGUGGUGUCUUUCCGUGAGCACUGGGAUAUGUCUACUGAGGCUCCAUCUUCAGGCAUGGGGAUCAGGCGGCAGAUGGGAACAUUAAAGAAAGGGGCCCAUAUGGAACAGACUCGUGAAAAUCUGCUAUUCGUAGCCCUCACAAAUAUGCUGGAAAAACUUCAGGCACCAGGCGAGGAACUUGGUAAUUAUGAACCCACUGUGUAUGAUGAUGAGGGAGACUUGGCAAAAAACUUUGAACUUGAUGCCAUUUCCAACCCUGAAGAUCCUUUCGACCCAGAAAUGGAACUGUCUUCCAGGUUUUUACCCCUUGCUUCAGUCUGUUCACCCGACUUGUUUGACCAAAGCACAAAUAUGUAAGACAGAUACUCUUACCAGAAUGGUAACCAGAAUGCUAUGCUCAACCAGAAUGG